UUUCACGCUCACCGCCUUGACAAUUCUCCAGAACUUUCGUAUGAACAGAAAAAGAUGAGACCUUCAAACACAGCGCGGAGAACAAUCGGAGCAUCAGCGGACAGACCUACACGCGCCACCAGCGUCUCAACGACGCUCUCAACCUCGGCACCAGAGUGUGCGGCGGCGGCCGCGACCAGGCGAGGAAAUGGCAGUGUAUGGAUAUAGAGAUACAGAGGCAUGUGAUCCACUGUCUAUCUGCAUUUCUUGAUUCUGUUUCUGCCGAUAAGCUGCACCAUCCGCUUUUGAAGGCUUCAGUUGCCGAUAUCAUUGCAGCAUUAGUCUGGAUACUUCAGUCUAAUAAAGGGUCCAUAUUGAGCAUGGCAGCAAAUGUCACGGUAAAAUUAGGUGGCCUGUUACCCAAAUCAAUACUGCAGGUUGAUGCUUUGGAUCUUAUUAAUCCUUUGUCAUCUUUGUUAUCUACCAAUCAAACAGAAGUUGCUAUAUCAUGUGCUGCAGCACUGAAUCUUAUUCUUACAAAUAUCAGCAUGAAGAGUGCAAAAGAAGUUUGGGACAUCCUUGAGAAAACAGAAAGUGUAUCUCAAGUUAUCGGUAACUUACGGUCUUUUUCAGAAUGUGUGAAGUCAUUUGAAUAUUUCCAACAGAUGGCUUUACUUUUGAGUACAAUACUAUGGUGGUGGUCUCCAUCUAGAUAUUCUGCUUGGAGUGAUGCUAAACUGAUGAAAGAUCUGAAUGAUCUUAUCAAGCAAGAUGUUUGUCACAAAGUUGCUGUUUUGAAAUUGUAUUCUGCUGUAGCUUUAUGCGGUAAUGGAGCCAAGAAACUAUUAGAAGGUGGAGAGGCACUUUCCGAACAGAUGGUGCAAUGCAUGGACAAUUCUCAUCCUUAUUCUGUUAGAAUUGAAGCAUUCAAGCUAGCACAGUGUUUAACAAUAAAUGAACAAAAAUGCUUACAACUGAUGAAUUUAUCAUGCCAACCUAUUAUUAAAGCCAUCAUCUCUGGAAUGUCCGACUGGAGCUCACACUCUAGAAAGGUCACCAAGGACCAGAUGUCUUUGCUAGUGGAGGCAUGUCGCUUGGCUCUGAUCAGUCGUUGGGCAGGGGAGCAUCACAUUUACUUCUGGAAACAAAAGAUUGAUAAAAUCCUUCUGGAUCUCCUACUUGAAAAAUUUCACAACGAUUCCUAUGAAGAUUCUAUAUCACUGGAAGAGCAGAUAGUUAUUGCAAAGGAGGGACUCAGUGCCAAUUAUUUACUUUCUUUGAGGAGUUAUGUCUGGGAUAUUCUUGGAUGGCUUGCAAUACAUUGUGGGGAGGAUUUCAACCCUGAAACUGAGUUCCACUUAAACAUCCUUAUUGCAUGUGCAUGCUUGACGUUUGUUGAGGCAAUUCAGAGAUGGCAUAAAAUAUAUGAAAACGACAUCGCCGGUACCUUCAGAAGUGAAUCAGCAACGAGGGCAGUUCUGAUGAUGAUUUAUUCUCCCUGCAAAUACAUUGCAUCAAAAUCCAGAUUCAUAUUGUCCGAAAUACUGAAGCCAAAAGGCUUGGAGUAUCUGAAUAUCCUACUGCGUUUUCUUGAUAAUUUGUCAUCUGGGAAUUUCGCCAUACCAGAUAAACUGCAAAUUAUCAUUUAUCUAAUGGGAUUUAUAUGCUAUUCUGGUUUGGAAGAGUAUGAAGUCUGGAUAAUCAAACAGAAAGGGGUAAAAACAUUAUUUGCCUUCAUGAGAUGGUGCUUAAGUAAUCAUUUCCAAGUUGAAAGAUUGAACUUUGCUCCCCAUCUGCAUAAUAUGUUCCAUGAGAAUAUUUGUUGUUCAGGUUCCAGAGAAUGGGAAGGGAAUGAUAUUCUUCUGUUGUACAGUUUGUUGGGACUGGCUGAGUUGAUAAAGCAUUCUGGAUGUGUAGGAAAUGACCUAGACAGAAUUGCCGGUAAGAACACAUUGGAUCAUAUUGAAGCUGAACUUGUCAUUAAACUUCAAGACAUAUGUAACAACAAUUGUACCCCUGGUGUGCAAUGGUUUGCCACAUACGUUCUGAGUUAUUUUGGGUUUUAUGGUUUUCCGAGUAACCUCAUGAAAAGGAUUGGUAAAGCAAUUAAUGAUAAGGAUUCUGCUGAUUUACAAUUCAUUCUCACGAGCGGAGAGUGCUUCAGUGUUCAUGGGGUGGUGGUUGCAAUCCAAUGUCCCUCGUUACUGCCUCCUGAAAAGCUGCUUCCUAGUGAGAUAUCUGACAAUUCUUCAGUAACAGGCUCUAUGGAAGUUACCAAAGACUUUCAGAAAGACAUAAGAUUGUCUGCUCAUGUCGAUCGCCAAGCGUUUGCAAUGUUGUUGGAGUAUAUCUACUUGGGAUAUCUGCAAGCAGGAGAAGAACUUGUGGAAAAGUUGAGGACUCUUGCAAAAUGUUGUAAUUUACGGCCUCUGUUACGGAUGCUUUGUAGAAAACCCCCAAAGUGGGGCGCUACUUUUCCCAGCCCUGACCUCAGUGCAGCUCUUGGUCCAUCUGGACAACGUUUCUCGGAUCUCAUCUUAGAAGCUAAAGAAACAAAGCUUUUGGACUGGACAUGUGGUGUUUGCUCUUUGUCAAUGCCUCACAUGCAUGUUCACAAAGUUGUACUGUCAGCAAGUUGUGAUUAUCUGAGGGCCUUGUUUAGGUCAGGAAUGCAGGAGAGCACCUCACAAGUGAUAAAGGUGUCAAUUAGCUGGGAAGCAAUGGUUAAACUAGUUGACUACUUCUAUUCUGGUAACCUGCCAAAGCCUCCUUUGGGAUGUAUAUGGAAUAACAUGAGCAGUGAAGAAAAGAUAGAUGAGGUGCAGCCUUAUGUAGAGCUUUUCUGGCUUUCUGAGUUCUGGAUCAUGGAAGAUGUUCAGGAAGCAUGCUCAGAUGUCAUCGUAUCAUGUCUUGAUUCUGCAAGACAGUUGGCUAUAAAAAUACUACAAAUUGCUGCAAAUUUAUCUCUUUGGAACUUGGCCGAGGUUGCAGCGGCUUAUAUGGCCCCUCUAUAUCGUCAGUUGUGUGAUUCUGGUGAACUCGAAACACUUGAUGAAGUGCUGGCUGAAAUGGUUCGGGUAGCGUCUGUUCGGUUCUCCCAGAUGGGUGGUGAUCAAUUUCAGUUGAUUUGAUUCUCAUACGGAAUUGGAAUUGUACAAUUUCCUGUAGAGUACAGUACGGCCUCAUCAUUUUAUGAACCUGAACCCAUAGAUUGAUCUGCCCGCUUGAGAUGUACAGUCUUUUACUUGAGGGUGUUACAAUUGUUCGUGCAAUCAAAUUAGCAUGAGAUUACAGCUCUCAACAAUCUGAUGUGUGUAUCAUUCCUGUAGUACAGUAUAUUGUUGGUGAAUGGUGAUGUUUGUACAUCAGUUUUGGGGUGGACUUAGUGGAACGUGAAGAAAGAAGAUUGUUGCCGCCAAUUUAUACGGGAACUAAUGUGGAGGAAGGUACGUUCCAGUAGCUAAUAUCAUGGGUGAAAGAACUAUACACAUAGCAUGAACACGACCAUACAACAGCCGGGUUUGAAACUGUCUGAAAAUAUGGGAAAGAAACAAAUUGCACAGCAGAGAAGUAUUCACUCAGGCAGGGAAGGGGAGACACCUUUUGAGGGGUUGAGUACGUCUGGAUGUAUAAAACCAAAAUAGCCGAAGUGCUUGAUUAUUCACUAGUAAAGUUACAAAAACUUUCUACAUCCCUGCAAGUAGCUUCGCAUUUAUGAUUUCAGUUCUACUCCCCUAGUGCCCCCUUUGCAUGGUUCACACCUGAUGAAGUGUGACUCUCUCUCCAGCUACCCCGUCAAAUAUUGUUCCUUUUUUUCUUUUUCUUUUUUAUAAGGGGUAUAUUUGUUCCCUUUUUGUAGCAUAGAAAUGGGUAAAUUUCUCUGCAUGUCUCCCCUCAGCAUCUCCAGGAGUCCACCUAUGCAUAUGUCUCGGUGUGGUGUAAACUAUGGCUGACCAGUACUGUUCAAGCUGUACUCGCUCUAUACUAUAGUCCGCGUAUAUCAUGGCUUAUUAAUCUUCUGUUGCUGGAAAAAAAACUAUGAAGUUUUACUUUGAAUUCAAAUGGAUCUCUAAUUCCAUAUCCAGAAAGAUUGCAUUCCGAGUCGGUCCCUCAGAUCCACUCAGCCUCAGGAUGAGCGUAGAUAGCAGCACUGAGCACCGGGUUUGCCCUCAGCCAUCAGCUGCUCCAUAGUAUUAGUAUUAGUAUUAGUAUUAGUAUUAGUAUUAGAACAUGUCAUAACCAUGGACUCUGCAAUAAUACACUUUGGUUGAGACCCUUUUACCAUAAAAAGUUAAAAACCCUAAUCAGCUGGAGAAGCAAUAGAAGGUUGAAGGUUAAACCACCCUGCUGCUCAUUGUUGACACUUCCAUGAUUACCCAGCUUAGAUUUGGCCGAUU